UUGGGGACAUCGCUGAAUCCCAACAUCUCUUGUCCUUGUUCCCAGACCCCUCCUCCGUCAGAUCCAGGAGUCUGGGUCUCCAGUUUGAACUUUUCACUCCCUUGAACUCGACUCCGGCUGCUGCGUCAGGGAAAAAGCAGGCGACAGGUGGCACCUGCCGGCAGGGCCGGGACGCGACCACCUGCCGCUGCUGCUCACCCUGCCCUCCUCCCCAGUCACCUGCUCCUGUCAGUCCGCCCGCCACCACCCCGCCCGACCCUGCGGCCCCAGGGUAAAGAAGGAGGAGCGAGGCAGGGAACCCCGACAUCGCCCCGCCCUGGUCCCUCCCAGCCGGAGCUCCCGCCCCGCUCCGCCGGCUGCAGACACGCCCCUGAAAGGGGGGUCCGAGGCGGUCCCAGGCUGUGGGGGCGGAGCCUGCGCCUCCAGAUCAGACCGCAAGACUCAACCCGCCCCACAGCACAGCUGCGCUGAGCCCACCUGUCCAGGUCCCCAUCCCGGCCUUGGCAAUGACCCUGGCGGCUUCCUCCCAGCGCUCCCAAAUCAUUCGCUCCAAGUUCCGUUCCGUCCUCCAGCUGCGGAUCCACAGACGAUCUCAGGACCUGAAGCUGUCCUCCUCCCUGCCGGGCUCGCUGCCUGCAGGUGCCUCAGGGCCCUUUGCCUUCUCUCCAGUCUCGGAUCAGGAUCCCUGGAUAUCGGCCUCAAGCCUGGCUCUGGCCCCCGCCCCAGCCUCAUCCUCAGGCCCCGCCCCUUUCCUCUUCAGCCCUGGGGUGCUGCUCCCUGAGCCAGGAUACUGCCCCUGGAGGUCCCCAAAGAAGGAGUCUCCCAAGAUCGCCCAACGUUGGAGGGAGCCCAAGGCCCGGGGCAACUUGACAUACCAUCAAUACAUGCCCCCGGGGCCGGGACAGAGGUCUGGGGCAGACUCCCAGGCCAAGGGUGCGGCCCUGGGAUCCCCAGGGCCGCCCCUGGGGGAAGGGACAAACUCACAGCAACCACAUCCCAAGACUAUGGCCAGGAGGAAGCCCACUCCCCUCACCCCCUCCCCACAGGGAGACCCCAGCCCCUCGGCCCCCACACCCAAGCUGGAACUUCAGACCCUUAAACUGGAGGAGCUGACAGUCUCGGAGCUCCGACAGCAGCUGCGCCUGAGGGGCCUCCCGGUGUCGGGGACCAAGUCGAUGCUCCUGGAGCGCAUGCGCGGCGGCGCUCCGCCCCGCGAGCGGCCGAAGCCGCGGCCGGAGGACAGUCCCACGGGGGCUCCCUGGCCGCGGCUCAGGCCCAAGGCUCCGGGAGCCUCCCGGCGGCAGGGCUCGGUCAAGCCCGGUUGCAGUCCCGCAUCUGGCGGGCAGCCUCCUUCAUGGGUUCCCGGAACCCUCGCGGCGGUUCCGGCUCCGGCUCCGGCUCCGGCUCCGGCUCCGGCUCCGGCCUUGAUCUCCUCCUCAGCACCGCCCUCGGCGGCCCUGACUCUGGAAGAGGAGCUGCAGGAAGCGAUCCGGAGGGCGCAGCUGCUUCCGAACCGGGGCAUCGAUGACAUCCUGGAGGAUCCGGUGGAGCCUGAGGACCCGCUGCCCCCCAUCCCCCUGGACUUCCCCGGCUCCUUCGACGUGCUGUCCCCCUCUCCGGACUCCGAAGGCCUAUCGUCUGUCUUCUCUUCCUCGUUCCCAUCCCCGGCGAACUCCCCGUCCCCUGCUCCCAGGGCUCCCAUGGACUCCUUGCACUGGCUGGAGGCCCUGAGUGGAGGUCCCCCGCUGGCCUGUGACCCCCCAGCCCCCAGCAUCUUCUCCGCCGACUUCUCUGACUCCAGCGGGCCCCGGCUGUGGGACGUGCUGGGCGACCCGUGGUGAUGUUCCAGGGUUUCCGGAGAGCGAGUGGGGGAGGGCGGCCACAGAGCAGCAGCUCCCCGGGGGAGGGGCCCCGGCACCGCCAGCGCAGCUCCUCGCACCCACAGACUCAGGGUCAGAGACAGCCCCCACCCCUUCCUGGCCCCCAGAAGGGCUGCUGACAAGCCACCAGCCUGGCCUUUGCCUGCAGGAUCUCCGGUCCCAGCUCGCUCCAUGGUCACGUGGUUGGUGGGGGGGGGUGCCUGCUGGUGACCAAAGCAAACAAGCUGCUUGCUACUCCCUUCAGAGACCUCAUGGACGUUUUUAUUCCCACCUUCCUUUCCCCGCCCCCUGACUAUGGGUUGUCUGUCUUCUGGGAAGUCUGGACGGCUGUCUGUGCUUUUUUGGAUGUGGGAGAGGAGCAGGGAAGAGUGGAGAGGGAGAAAAGGGGUGCUAGAACUCUGGGUAUUAGCUGGAGGUGAGAAAAUCAGAAGUUCGUGUCUUAGGUCUUACGCUCUUAGAAGCAGACCCUGAAGUCAGAUUCAUGGGCCAGUGAUAAGAGGAUCCGGCAGGGGAAGAAGACAAACAAGAACACACAACCACCUUUAGAGAAGUCACUGCUUCAGCCUGUAACUGUGGGGAGCUCAGGGGCAAAAACACAUCAUAGGGUCUUUCCCUCCUCCAGGCAAAGGGAACUGAGCCGCGUGUCACCUGCUUUGGUUUACUAUGCUGCAUAACAACCCCCCAAAACAUACAGCCUUAGAACAAUAACUGGCUAUGCUUUCUCGCAAUUCCGUGGGUUGACUGGGCUCAGCAGGAUGGUUCUUCAGCUCCAUGCAACGUUGACUGCAGUCAUGGGGGUACCCAGUGGGGCUGGAAUUUCUGAGAUGGCCCACUCGGAUGUGCCCGGUGCCCUGGCGGGGAUGGCAACGAGGCCGGGCCGACUGGGCUGCUGGGGCGUCCAUCUGGCCCUCUCUUAUUCCCCAUGGGGUCUAAGCACCUGCCCUCGCAGGUCGUCUGUCCCACAGAUAGCUGGACUUCUCACGUGCGAGCUCAGGGCUCCCAGGAGUGAGCAUUUAAAGGGAAGGAAGCAGAAGCUGCCGGGCUCUUGAAAGACCAGCUGUGGAACUGGCAUAUUGUGACCACUCGGAAUUGGGAGGGAACUUGAGGCUGCCAACGCCAGGACUCGUGGUCGCGGGGUGCCAUGUAUGGAGACUUGCCACCGCAGUCCUCAGGUCAAUCAUUAACUCCCAGACACCCCAAGCCCAAAGGGCAGUCCCGGGAAGAAGGUGGUGGGGUAAGCCAUCAGCAGUGAAGCCGGCAGAAGGACUGGUCAGGGGGAUCUGAGAACAGUGGCUCUGUUCCAUGCAAUAUGGCCAAGAACCAGCGAUGUCCCCUCGUCUUGCUCUCGGUUUCCCCAUAUGCACGUCCGGCCCAGUGUGGACGGGAGUGUUCCUUAAGAUUGCCCGCAAGUGGCCCCCAGCAAGGACCUGGGACCUGCCGGUAUUAGCAGCUGACCGACCAUUUUCAUGCCACCACGUGUUAAACUCGGUGGGUGUUAAAGACCGAGGGUGUAUUGCUUGGGGUGAAGGCAGUGUGUGGUUAAGGGCCCCGCAGUUUGCGUUUGUCGUCCUUACUUGUCAGAUGAGAUCCCUGAGGGUUGGUGAAGGGGGCUGGCGUGUCCAGGGUCGCUCAGACAGGGUGGGGUGGGGGAGUCUGGACUGGGGAGCCAACUCGGAUUUGCACAGGACACAGCCUGUGUCCUCAGAGCUGCAAAGACAAAAAGCAUCACACUAAUCUGGUGAAACCCAUAGUUUUGCAAAGAGUGAGGGCCCUUUGUGGGGCACCUUAAGAUCAGGAAAAGUCCCUGAAGCCCUGAGGGGAAGGGAAAGUGUUGGAGCCGAGUUGGAUGGGCGUCGAGGAGGAGCUGUAAGCCAGCAGCAGACAAAGAUCUAAAGCUUUGGGGGACGCUGGCCAUCGGGACCCUGCGAGGUUCAGGGUUGCUGUGACCAAAUCGGGCUGGAGAGGUCGGGUGGGGGGUGGGGCUGGGUCUUGCAGACUCCAUGUCAGGCUGAAAGCUGGCAGGGAGGGGCUGCAGCAUGGCCACCUCUGCCUGUCCCCAUCUGCCCCUGCACCCCUGUCGUCUCCAUAUUGGCCCGUCUGCAUCCCCGUCCAUCCCUGUGUCCACUUCUCUCUGACUACACCUCUGCCCCGAUCUGUCUCUAGUUCCUUCUCUGUCCUUUUCUCUACCCGAAUCUGUCUCCCCUUCUCUCCCUUUGCAACUCUCUGAGGGACCCUGUGCAUUUCUCUCUCUGUGCACAGAGCAUCAGGCAGAGGGAUGGAGAGAGUGGAGUGGACGUGGCGUGAUGGGGAUGAGGGCAGAGAACGGAGAGGGUGGGACAGGGCAGUGGCUGAGAGGAAGGGACAGAGUCAGCCGUACGGGGGUGCAGGAAAAAAGCGCCGGAGCCAGGCAGAUGUGUGCACAGGAAAAUGGAGAGGGGGCAGGAGGAGAUGUGCAUGGGAACGGAGAGGAAAGCCCUGUUACUUCUCUGCCUGACUGUGCCCACAUCCCUCUGUCCCGUCUCUCCUCCAUUCAUUCCUUCUUCCCAGUAGACUGUGGUCUGCUCUCUGCUCCCUCCUCUCUAUCCUACGUCCAUUCCCCCUGCUGUCACCCUGCCCCAUCCCCCCACCCCAUUCACUGCAGGCGGCCUUGUUAUCAGGUCCCACCCCUGCCUCUGCCCCCGCCGUGUCCCCAUCUCCCAUGUCCAAAGGAGGGCAGCCUCGGGCUGAGAGAUCCAGGGGCACAUGGGUGGCCCCAGAGAGAGGCAGAGCCAGGGAAGUCUAGGGGAUCCCCUGGAAAGUGGAAGUGUGAGAGGAGGCAGGAGCUUGGAGUGGGGUGUGGGGGUUUGAACUCAGAGCCGGAGGGAAGGGCUUGGGUUCUGCACUUCCCUUCUGCCUGUCCCCCGGCCUGCCUCCAGACAUGUCCAUCUGUCCCCCCCUCCAGCCUUUGAACAGAGGGCUGGGCUGGUGGAGGAUGGGGGAGCAGAAAGGAGGAGGUCCCCAAGCCACCCUAGGGGUCCCCCUGCACCAUACUGUCAUCCCAUUGCCUGAACAGAAGAUGGAUAUCUGUAGAAUAUUAAAAAAACCAAGAAACUCAACAAAGUGUGGUCUAUACACACAGUGGAAUAUUAUGCAGCUGUAAAAAGGAAUGAAGCUCUGAUACAGGCGUUUACAUGGAUGAACCUUGCAGAUUUCAUGUUGCGUGAAAUAAGCCAGACACAAAAGGACAAAUAUUGUAGGAUCUCGCUGAUAUGAAAUAAUUAGAAUGAGCAAAUUCGUAGAGUCAGAAACGAGAAUACAGAUUACCGGGGGCUGGGGUGGGAGUAGGGAAGGGGACGCUCAUACUUGCUGCGUACAGUUUCCGUCCGGGGACACGGAAAAGGUUUGGUGAUGGACGGUGGCCCAGCAGUGUGAAUGUAUGAGUGCCACUGAGUUGGACUCUUAAAAAUGGUUAAAAUGACAAAUCUUAUGUUAUACCUGUUACUACAGUAAUAUGUACAUGUGUGCAUAUGUCCACAUGAAGAUUUGUACCUGAGUCCUUCUAACAGCCUCAUAUAUAAUAGCUGCGACCUGGAUACAACCUGUGGGGGGCAGAAUAAUGCUCCCCCCCAAAAAAAAAAAAAUACUCCACAUCCUCAUCCCCAGAACCUGGGAAUACGUUCCCUUCCAUGGCAAAGGGGACUGUGCAGAUGAGAGGAAGGGGAGGAUGCCGAGAUGGGGGGAUUGUCUUUGUGGCCCAGUGUCAUCGUGAGGGUCUUUAUGAAGAAAAGAGGGAGCCAGGAGGGUCAGAGUCAGAGAAGGAGAAGGGAUGAUCGAAGCAGAGGUUGGAGGGACGCAGUUGCUUCCAGGGAUCCGUGAGCCCAGGAAUCUGGACAGUUUCCAGAAAGCAGCAGCCCUGCCCACACCUCAAUUCCAGCCCACUGGGAUCCGUUUCAGAUUUCUGACUUCCAAAGCAGUAAGAAAAUAAAUGUGUGCUGUUUUAAGCCAGUAGGCUUGCGGUAAUUUGUUGCAGAAGUCUCAGGAAAUGAAUACGGUAAGUGAGUAAGAGCUUUGAAUCCUGGGCCAUCUGCCACCUUGGAGCUGUGUGACCCUGGGCAAGUGAAUCACCCUCUCUGGGCUGCUGUGUCCACAUAUGCAAAAUGAUUGUUGUGAGCUUCAGAUCAGUUAGUUUUUGAAAAGUGCUUACGACAGUGCCUGGCAUAUAGUAAGCUCUAUAUGUAGGUGCUGGUUAAAUAACUAAGAUAGUGAAGGUAUCAGAUGCUUGAACCCAUUUUAGAUUAAAAAAAAAAAAAAAAGCUGGAACUAAGCAGAGCAGGAGCAUCAGAAGC